AAACAGUUUAGUUUGUUUGUGUCAUCAUUUCAACCACAGAUACAGUAGAAGACUUUUUUUAGCUUUGAACAGCUUCAGCUUUCUAGGGGGCUUCUCAGAUUUGGCUCCUAAAUGGAGCAAAGAAGAAGAAGCAACACUAUCUAUCUCCUCUUAUUCUUCUUCUUAGCCUUCACUUCAAGAACAACCACAAGCGCAAGUUGUCGGCGAAGAACAGUGAAACACUUAUCCACAACUCUACCUUCAUCUACACCACUAGAGUCCAGAAUCACUUCCAAGGUUAUUGUAAUUAGCAUCGUUUCAGGAAUCUUAACCGGGUUGGUUUCUGCUUUAGUCUUAGCUUUCUUGGUCCGUUGCAUUGUCACAUACAUGAAACAAACGCCAAUUCUCAAAGGUCCUGUAGUUUUCUCCUCUAAGCUUACACCCAAAUCUCUUCAAGGAGCUCUUGGUAAUAAUAUUCAGUUACUUAACUCAGACCCUAAUGGUAAAUACUAUAAGGUGGUGCUCGAUGAUGGUCUAGUGGUUGCAGUUAAGACACUAGGCUUACCAGAUUCAACUGGUAGUAGUAAGUCGGUUAAGAGAAGGUUGCAGAAGGAACUUGAGCUUCUUGCUAUGUUAAGACACAAGAACCUUUUGAGUUUAAGAGCUUAUGUUCGUGAAUCCCAUGAGUUCUCUCUAGUGUAUGAUUACAUGCCUAAUGGUAGUCUUGAAGAUGUGAUGAAUAAAGUUAGAGCUAAAGAACUAGAGCUAGGAUGGGAAGUUAGGCUAAGAGUUGCUGUUGGAAUUGUUCAAGGGCUUCAGUAUCUACAUUUCAGCUGUGAUCAUCAGACUCUUCAUUACAACUUGAAACCUACAAAUGUGAUGUUGGAUUCUGAGUUUGAGCCGAGGCUUGCUGAUUGUGGUUUGGCUAAGAUCUUGCCUACUUCACACACAUCAGUGUCUUGCUAUUCUGCUCCUGAGUCUUCUCAAAGUAACAGGUAUACAGAUAAAAGCGACAUAUUCAGCUUUGGGAUGAUAUUAGGUGUUCUUUUAACCGGAAGAGACCCUACACAACCUUUUUGUGUAGAUGGUGCAAGUGGAGGCAGCUUAGGACAGUGGCUAAAGCAUUUGGAGCAGUCUGGUGAAGCACGAGAAGUAUUAGAUAAGAGUCUUCUUGGAGAGGAAGUGGAGGAAGAUGAGAUGUUAAUGGCGUUAAGAAUUACCAUCAUCUGCCUUUCUGACUUUCCAGCAGACCGGCCUUCAAGUGAUGAGCUUGUCCACAUGCUUACACAACUGCAUAGCUUUUAGUCUAAUGUUCUUGUAUGAAACGUAAGUGUAAUGCAUGUUUUUCUACAAUUUUUACAUGUUACUAAACGCUUGAGAGAGUUAAUUUGUGUGUUGCAGAUUGUUCCUAAGCUAGUAAAAGGCAUAGAAUCAGAGCAAUGCUUGGACUAAAAUGUAGUCAUCAAAAUAUGUGGCCAGAGGACCUGA